AUGGAAUCCCAAGAGGAGCGUCAACAACUAGAGAUCACUGCAUUGAAGAGCAUAUAUGACAAUGACUUUAUUGAAUGCCCCCCUCCAAAAGUUUGGAAGGGAGCACCCAGACUGCCUGAGUUUAUUAUCAAAGUUUCCCACCCUGAUCCUGAACACGCCGACAAGAUCUAUUUCCAUCUACAAACGAAAUUCCCGAAGACAUACCCCACGAUAGCAUUCCCCACGUUUACGAUCAAAGAACCUCUUCGAGGCCUGAAGACGGAGCAAAUCGCGAAGCUUACUGCGGCGAUCCAUGGUGAGGCGCAGCGCAGCAAGGGGGCCGAGAUGGUCUUCCAAAUUGUUACGUUUGCACAAGAUUGGAUUACAACCAAUGUAGUACCGCCUAUGGAGGUCACAGACUCGCUCGCAACGGAAAUGAUCAAGCGGGCCUUUGAAGCAGAGCGGGCAAAAAAACUUCGAGAGGAAGAAGAGGCGGAGCUCGAGGAGGAACGCGUCGCUCAACAGGCACAAGAGCUUGAGGAAGAAAUCCGCGCAGAUGCGUAUCGUAAACAGCUCGAGCGAGAGAGAUUCCAGCAGGCGCGCAAGAGGGCCAUAUCGGAUGCCACCGAGAUGCCUUCAUCGGAGGAUACCACGCCAACUGAAACUCUUGGACAUGAAGUAGAAUGGCGAGGCGUAUGCUUUAGCAAAGUCAAGUUGUUCCAUCCUCGACAAGAGUGUCUAGGAACGAUGUACCAAGCGGAGCCUGUAUGCGAAGAUGCGCAUGUUACUCUCCCACUAGAAUUACUCUCCAUCACGUUCCAUGCGCACUAUUAUACGACUACUCAAGGUCGGAAGAAGUUGAGACAAUUAGAGAGCGAGAUUCAGCGUCUGACGACAGUGCGACACCCAAACUUAUUGGCGAUGUUGGCUGUCAAAUUGACUACUCCAAGUUCGAGUGGAUCUCCGCAUCUAGUGAUCUUGACUGAGCAACGGCCGUCGGUGACGCUUAAGGACGUGCUUGAUGAUUGUGACUGGUUACGCGAAGGGAAAGCCACUGACUACCUAAGACAAAUUCUCUCUGCUCUGCAUGUCGUGCACACAAACGACUUCGUUCAUCGGGGUCUCUCUUUGAAGUGCAUCGGUCUUACACCGCACGAAGAAGGCGGCCUAUCUAAGGUCGUGAAGGUGUUCAAGGUGGGAUACCAUGUGCGCCUACUCGAUCUUCAUAGGUCGGACCCCUUCGGGUUCAACAUGGAUCCCAAGAUUGACGAGAUGCUCAUUGCCGAGGGCUGGCUGCCGAGCGACACUGUCGAUUCCCCGUUGGUAUACACGAAGAGCCGCGAUAUACAUGCCGCCGGAAUUGUGUUUGUGCAGAUGCUUAUGGGACGAGAUAUCACGGAUCGAUUUCCUGACGUGCAAUCCGCUCUCCGUAAUUCGUCUAUCUCACCACCGUUGCAGCAGAGAGCGACGGUUAUGCUGCUGCAAAAUAAGAAAACCCCUGUCACAUGUCUUGGUCUCUUGUUGGAUUUGCAGAAUCAUACACCUGAAGGCGUAAAUCCGCGCACGCCUGCGAUCCCCAUACCAGGCUCGGCUUAUACAAGAACUCCGGGACCGUCGCGCACCCCGGGCCCGAAGACACCGAUGUAUCAGCCAUUCAAUGGCUCACCGGAGACUGACUACUUCCGUGCACCAUCUGUGAGACCUCGACAUGCCAGUAGGUGGAAGGAGGAUUGGGAAGAACUUGAGUUACUCGGUCGCGGUGCAUUUGGUUCUGUUGUCAAAGCACGCAACAAGAUUGAUUCCAGGACAUAUGCUGUCAAGAAAGUCAGGUUGCGAGCCACGCAGAGCGAUAAUAAGAUCUUCAGGGAGGUGAACGCGUUAAGCCGUUUGAACCAUCGAUUCAUUGUGCGAUAUUAUACAACAUGGGUGGAGACUGCUGAACCAGCGUCCACCGCUGCGUCGUCCGCAUCGGAUCGUGAUACAGAGACGGAGGAUGGCAUGACCUCGGUCCCCCAGUCAAAGUCAGGCUUCGGGAUGAAGGGGGACGGAUCUGGAGAUCCGUUCAGCAUAGAUCUGGAUGACCUAGGAUCGGGCAGCAGACAUUCAUUCCCAAGCAUUCAUUUCACACGGUCGGGCUCUGCUACCAUCGAGAAAACCAGUGAAGGCACCUCGGACAGUGAUGAUGCAUUUGGUAGCUUGUUUGGGCCGAAGAGCAGUUCUAGGCCGACGACGCCGCCUCCGACGAUCUCUAGGACGUUAUACAUUCAGAUGGAAUUUGUCGAGCGUCAGACUUUGAAGGAGCGGAUUGCAGAAGGUAUAUCUGAAGAAGACGCUUGGCGCCUGUUUCAGCAGGUUGUUGAUGCUCUUGUUCACAUGUCGAGCCUUGGAAUUCUACACCGCGACAUCAAGUUGACGAAUAUCUUCAUUGAUGGCAAGGGCGAUUGCAAAGUCGGCGAUUUUGGCUUGGCAACAUCGAGUCUCGCCGCUGUCGAUCCAUCAGAUGUUACGACUACAGUAUCGAACGACGCUGAAAUGACGCUAGACGUCGGAACAAGGCUAUAUAUUGCUCCGGAGGUUCAAUCAUCAAGAGGCGGGCCUCGUAACCACACGAAGGCGGAUCUGUACAGUCUUGGUGUUGUCUUUUUUGAGAUGAAUUACAUGUUCUCCACUGGAGCUGAGCGCAUUGCUGUGCUUGAAGAUCUGCGGAAAUCAAGUAUAUUGUUCCCGCCUACCUGGGAGCCACACAGAACCAGGCAACGACAAAUCAUCACAUGGCUUCUGCAGCACAAUCCGAACGAUCGUCCAACCGCUCUGGAAUUGUCACAAAGUCCCCUACUUCCGCCACGCCUGGAGGAUGAAUAUUUCAAAGGCGCUCUCAGGAUGAUGACUAAACCAGAUUCGCCUCAUCUGCCAACUGUGCUUUCCUCUCUGUUCAAUCGGCCGGCCCGACCGGCCCGUGGAUUCUUGUACGACUCUCAAGCGGAACUACCCGAACAUGCGACGUUAAACGGCAAGGUGAUUGACCGCAUGGUGGAGAUAUUCCGCCUACAUGGGGCAGUGAACAUGGAACCGCCUUUGAUGAUGCCAAUCACGAGCCCCGACGAAGACAAGAAUCGAGCUGUUUUUCUCGACAGGCACGGUGAGGUUGUUGCGUUGCCUAAUAACAUCCUACUGCCUUUUGCUCGUCUCGCGGCGAGAGAGAACACCAGAAGAAUCAAGCGCUUCCAUAUUGGCGAUAUAUUCAAACCAGACGAUGCUGGAGGACAUCCCAAGGUCGCCAAAGUAGCAGUGUUCGAUAUCAUUACUCCCGACUUGGACUUUGGACCUAGUGCUGCGGCUGCUGAAGCUAUGGCUAUCGUCAACGACUGUCUUAACAACUUCGCAGGCCUCGGUCAGAUUUAUGAAAUCCACAUCUCACAUUCGCAGAUUCUUGAUAUAGCACUUGAUCGCGUCUCUGGCGAGCUGCGCGAAGCGGCAACCGAAAUUCUCACACAGCUCAAGUCUUCUCAACCACAAAAACGGUCCAUGUUGUUGCGCAAAGGUAUUCCUAGGAACACCGUCGACGAAUUGGAGGCUUUAUCUGAUGCGGAUGAAAACAUCGAUGCCCUUCUGGGGAGGAUUGAGAAAGCUGCACCGGGGCUAUUACCCAUGAUUAGUCCCUACAUCAAGGACAUACAACAGACAAUUCGGUUUGCCAGUGCGCUAGGCGUUACGCGGCCGAUCUCGUUCGAUCCGCUCAUGAUGAACAGCCGUAACCCAUCCUUCAAAGACGGCGUCUGUUUCACAGUUGUUCGUCGUACGAAACGAUCUGACAUACUUGCAGCUGGUGGCCGAUAUGAUCAUGUCAUCUCUCGUUUGUCUCCUCCCAAGCCAAAGUCGGAAGGGAUAUGUGCCGUUGGUGUGCAAAUUUCAUUGGACAAGAUUACUUUCGCACUCGCAGCAUUCCAGAGCGCGUCAGUGAAGACGCUUUUGAAAGAGCAGCGUUCUUUUGGGUACUGGAGUCCCCGUCGAUGCGAUGUGUAUGUCGUGUCUAAUCAGCCUGGUCUCUUGGCCGAUCGACUCGAAGUCGCAAGCAUGCUCUGGCACCACAACAUCAGCGCUGAUGUCAUGUACGAGGCCAACUUCCAGUCCGAUCAUGAGACCAUUGUCGACGUAUGUCAUCGGGAAGGGAUCCUGUUCAUUGUCUAUCCGAGACCGAGGUCGGCGCGGCGUGACCUACCUGCUUUCAAGGUGAAGAGCGUUAUCAGGGGCACGGAUUAUGAUGUUUCCCGACAAGAGUUGGUCCCUUCUCUGCAAAACUUACUUCUGGAGCAGAAGCGAAUAGAUUCUUCAAUAUCCGGCGUGCCUGCUAUUGCUGAAGGCCCCCAGAAUCUAUAUAUCGCCAAGGAAGCUACAACCAGUUCUGAUGUGCAGCUGGUACUACCCAGUGAUGCGAAGAAACAGCGCAAGUCAGUGAAGCAAAUACUCCUGGAUAGAGCAUUUGAGGCGGCAGUUCAAGUCAAGAAUGCUGCAGUCUCGGGAAUGCCGACGCUGGCGAUCGAUCUUCCCCUCCAAGUAUUCGAGGAUAUGACCAAGAAUACAACCUGGGUCUUGGAUGAGGAUGCCUGGAGAAAUUUGCUUUCAAGUACACCAUCUCAGCAUACUGCGUAUGUUACGCAAAUCCGGGAGGCUAUUCUACGUCGGAAAGCGGAUGGUCAUCGAUUCGUUAUCCUCUUUGUACUUCGUGAGGAGCGCGUAUCUCUUCUCAAAUUGUCAUGA